AUGCAUUCGCUUCUGUCUCUUUGUCUGCUGAACUUGGCCAUUGCGCCUGUGUUCUCCGCAACUACCAAUGCUGCAAAGGGUGGCGACAAGGACGGUAAGAAGGAGUUUGAUGUCAAGGCUCUCAGUCUGAGAGAAGUUGGAGCGCGCAACACAGUGGAUUGGCGCGUCUGGCUCGAGCAGGACGGCGAAGUCAUCUCCUUCUGGCACGACAUUCCUCUUUAUCCCGACGAGAAGCAGGACAACAUUGUCAAUUUCUACGUCGAAAUUCCGCGAUGGACGGAUGGCAAGAUUGAGACUAAGCGCGACAAGCCUAUGAAUCCCAUCUAUCACGACGACAAAGAUGACGUGCCUCGAUAUGUGGCCAGCGUUUGGCCACACAAGUCUUACCCCUUCCUUUAUGGAUCGCUUCCUCAGACGUGGGAAAACUCCAACAUAAAGCACAACUUUACUGGAUACGUUGGCGACAAUGAUCCUAUGGAUGUUGUUGACAUCAGUGCCAUUGACCCUGGAUAUGUUGGCCAGGUUCGAACGAUCAAGAUUUUGGGCGCUAUCCCCAUGAUUGAUGAUGAGACUACGGACUGGAAGGUCAUUGGCAUCAACAUCAAUGAUCCUCUAUCUGCAUUUGUUAACAAUCUCGACGACCUCGAAAAAUACAGACCCGGUCUCCCACAAACCUUUUACGACUGGUUCACCUACUACAAGGUCCUCCGUAGCGGCGAGCUCAACACCAUCUACGGAAACAAAUUCCAAGACUCAAACACUGCCCGCGAGAUCGUCGCCGAAAGUCACGGUUUCUGGAAAGACCUCGUCAGCGGCAAAGAGAAGCCCGGCAAGAUCAUCAUCUCGCAGACUUCGCAGCCAACCAUUUCCGGGAGCUACAUUCCGAGCAAGGACACGACCAAAAAGUUUGACAUUCCAAAGAAGUCCGACAUUAAGCCUGCUGCCCCGCGACCUGCCAAGUACGACAACUGGUUUUACUUGGAUAAGAACUUUUUGCCACUGCCAGAGCAGAUAAUUGACGUGGAGUAA